AUGUUUAAAACCCGUCAUUUUGGUUUGCGACGAACCAAAAACAAUGGAAGUCAAGUAUGGAUUUGCACACAUAAGUUAUGUAAUGCCACCAUAACUAUAUAUGAAUAUUUCAUUGUAAAAACAUGGCUUAUAAAAGCUGAUGGAAAUCAUAAAUUUCAACAUCAAGAAAAAAUGUCUUUAAAUGUAUAUGAAUGCAUCAAAUCCAUCAAGCGAAGGAUCGAAGAAGAACGCAUAGCACCGGUACUAUUAUUAUAUUAUCAACAAGUUAAAAAAUUUAGACAAGAAAAUGAUAGUGCUGCUGCAGUUCCUGUAUUUGAUCGUGUUAAGUCAUCGUUAUGUGAAUAUUGUUCGUUUCAACGUCCACCAAUACCCAAGUCAUUAUCAACAAUUGAUGUAUCUAGUCAACUUACUCGAACAUUGAUGAGAAACAAUCUUUUCUUUUAUAAUAAUCGUCUGGCAUCAAUUCUUACUUUUGCAUCACCAACGGCUAUUCAACUUCCUGAUACAAAUUCACAUUGA